GAGCCGGGAGAGAGAGAGGGAGGAAAAAGAAGAGGAAGGGGGGGGGGGGCAGAAAAGGAGAGAAAGUGGAGCAUUGGCAGAAUCGCAGCAGCAGAAGCGGUGGACUCUUCGCCCGCGGCGCCGCAUCAUCCCGCUCCGUGGCGCCGCCGGAGGGACGGAGUUCCUUUGUCGGGGAGGAGGAGGAGGAUGGCGCUCCCGGCCAGGGUCCGGCGCUGAAGGCGGAACGGCGGAGGCUGCUUCUGUCAAAGAGAGAGAUCGAGAGAGAGAGAGAAAGAGAGAGGGCGGCACAUGGGGCCCGGCAGCGGCGGAGAGGGGUCCCGCUGCGAGGAGGCGCCGGCGGAGAGGCGGAGAGGGGCUUGAGAGGCGCCGAGCAGGGAAGGCAAGGCAAGGCACCAUCUUCAUCCUCCGCCGCGACCUUCCCUUUCAGUCUGGAAAGAAGAAGAAGAAAGAGGAAAGCCUGCGCUCAGGAUGGACUUCCAGUUUGUGCUGCUUUUUGUGGGAGUUGUUGCGCUUGCUGACUCCGCGAGAGGCCCACCCAGAAUUGCUGACAAAGUGAUCCACCGGCAAUCUGUGAGAUUAGGAAGAACGAUCAAGCUCCUUUGUCCAGUGGAGGGUGAUCCGCCUCCUCUCACCAUGUGGAUGAAAGAUGGACGCACGAUCCAUAAUGGAUGGACAAGAUUCCGCGUCCUGCAACAAGGGCUGAAAAUCAAGGAGGUGGAAAGCGAGGAUGCAGGAACAUACAUCUGCAAGGCCACCAAUGGUUUUGGAAGCAUGAAUGUGAACUAUACCCUCAUUGUGAUUGAUGAUGCCAGCUCAGGAAGAGAAAGUUUAGCAGCUGAAAGUCCCAACAGUGAAUCAGAAGAUCAUUCUGGAAAACUGUGGGCUCGACCUAGAUUUACUCAGCCUGCCAAGAUGAGGCGGAGGGUGAUUGCUCGGCCCGUGGGGAGUUCGGUCCGGCUGAAAUGUGUCGCUAGUGGGAAUCCUCGGCCGGACAUUACCUGGUUGAAAGACGCCAAGCCUCUAACCUCGCUAGAGAUUGGCGAGAAUAAACGGAAAAAGUGGACGCUGAAUUUGAAAAACCUGAAGCCUGAGGAUAGUGGGAAAUACACUUGCCGGGUCUUCAACCGAAUUGGAGAAAUCAAUGCUACCUACAAAGUCGAAGUAAUCCAGAGAACAAGAUCCAAGCCAAUUCUUACAGGGACACACCCUGUCAACACAACAGUUGACUAUGGAGGGACAACCUCUUUUCAGUGCAAGGUGAGAAGUGACGUCAAGCCGGUCAUUCAGUGGCUGAAAAGAGUUGAGUAUGGCACAGAAAACAAAUACAAUUCCACCAUCGAUGUUGGGGGACAGAAAUUUGUGGUGCUCCCCACAGGGGAGGUCUGGUCUCGUCCCGACGGCUCCUAUCUCAACAAACUCAUGAUCACACGAGCCAAAGAAGAAGAUGCUGGCAUGUACAUUUGCCUGGGUGCCAACACCAUGGGAUACAGCUUCCGAAGUGCAUUUCUCACUGUGCUGCCAGAUCCCAAACCACCCAGUCAACCUGUGGCUCCUUCCUCUGCUAGCAACCUCCCAUGGCCCGUGAUCAUUGGCAUCCCUGCAGGAGCUGUUUUCAUCUUUGGAACCAUCCUUCUGUGGCUCUGCCAGACCAAAAAGAAGCCGUGUUCUCCUCCAUCAGCAGCUCCCAUACACCGAUCUCACCCUCGGGACCGGGUCUGUGUGCCCCAGGUCCCAGAUAAAGACUGCAUUUCCUCCAUAAACUAUGAGGAAUAUGUUACACAGCAACAGCAACAGCACUUGCUAGCCCAAGGGGCAGCCCUGGCCCCAGCCAUGGCUUCCAAAAUGUAUCCAAAGAUUUAUACAGACAUCCAUACUCACACUCAUUCACAUGUGGAGGGCAAAGUUCACCAGCAUCAGCACAUUCACUACCAAUGUUAAGAAGCAGUCGUUUAUGGGUGCUUGUCUUACGGUACUAAAGACAGUCAGAUGCUGCUUACACUGCCAGGGUGUGGGGCUGGGUGGGGAAGGAAACCAAAUUUUAAUGAAACCAAAAAAAAAGAGGUAGAAGGAGACAAAUGUGGAAUAAAAGUUUGUUGAUUGUUUGUUUUUACUGUGACAAGGAAGAAUGAAGGAAUUUCCAGAGGCAAAGACAGAUGCUUAUGUCCCUGUGAAAUCAGAAAGUCUUGUUGUGCGAGGAAGAAGAAGAAAGGAAAGGCAAUGGGGGUCUGGUCACUUUCUCUUUGUGUUACUACUCCUGCUCUGGUGCCACCUGCAGAUAAGCAAGACUCCCGUGUCGUCUUCCUUUGGAUCAGGCACAAAAGACCCUUUCCUUUCAGAAGAGGUGGAAACAAGUCACCAGAGGCCCCAGUGGGAAAGCAACACCAUAUGCAGAAGCACCGGAGUGGCUUUUCAAAGAGGAACAACACCGUCUUGCCAUUGUCAAAAUGUGUAAUGCUGCCUCAGAGUUAGCAAGAAGUAAGCUAGCGUUGAAUUGUGCCCUUCUUUCACUUGGGGGCUUUUCUCUAGACCUUCAAAGGGCUUCAGUUUGCUUCGCCCCUGCAGCUGCCACAAAAACGAAGGACAUUUGACAUCUCACUUUUAUGUUUAUAUUUAAUUAUAAUAAUGCUAAUAAUAAUUGAACUGCUGAGGGAUUUUUUAAAAAAAGAAUCUAUCAUUUAAAUACUUGUCAUUGGAUUUUCAUAGUUUAUAGUGGCAAAUGGAUGAGCUAACAAAUGACAACACAAAGCAAGACAAACACAGUUUUUUAAACUAUAAAGGCUAAAAUCAGUCUCCAGGGAAUAACAAAUGGACUGAGUAUGCACUUGUGGGCAUGGGUGGUGGGGUGGGGGGGGGGGGGGUGGGGAGCUUCACCUUGUGAAGUAAAUCAUGCAGUCUCAUUUCAGUUCAGUUUUAAAGGGGGGUAGGGAUUAGCUAAACUGAACCAUAGUAAAUUUCCCAGUUGGAGUAGAAGUGAUUUCAGUCAAAGAUCUAAUUCUAUAUAGAGUUUAACAGAAGACAUGUAUAUUUAAUUUAUUUUGUUAAAACAAAAAAGAAAAAAAUGUAUGAUAUUUUCCUCAAAAAAAUCAACCCAAAGCCCAAACAUUGUUAUACAUAUUUUGGUCAAGCAAUAAAGUUUUUCCCAGGUUGCUAUAGAUGCCAAGUUCUCGAAUAUGAGAAAUGUAGCUUUUAACAGUACGUUAUUUAGCAUCUUGAAUGUCAUAUAUUUGUAUGGAUUGUUAAAAUAGAUAUGUUACUCUUCUUUUUCUAGGCUAUUCUCUUGUGCUCUUUUCUGCUUUUGCCCUCAAAAAAGUUUGUUCCUAAGAUCUUGUGUUUUGUACAAAAGAAAGCAUAUAUUUUUUCCAGUCUAACAGCUGAUUAUGAAAUGUCCAGAUAUUAGGGGCUUUAAAACAAAAUAGUGUUGUGGUCGAAUUGGUCACUGCAAGGGUGAAUGAAAUGUUUGAAGAGGUAAUAUAUUCAGUAAUUAUUAAUUAUUUCGAUCCUGAAACUGCCAACCAUCAUAUAACAACUCAGUAGUGAUUACACUAGGUACAUUAAAGUUAUGCAAUGGUGCAGAAAUAGUUAUAUAUAUAUAUAUAUGGAACUUUACAAGUCAUUGUCCUGCAUAGAUAGUUUGUCCUGAAGCGAGGUUCUCCACCCAUUUAUUUUGUCUUGUGUUGGAGAGGAUUCAGCUAGUUUGUGUGACUACUCCAUUUGGCCAGAAUUUCAAAGUGUAUAUCAGGUCUUUGAACCUCCUUCCUGUUUAUUUAAUUUUAUUAAUUUUAUUUCUGCUCCUUUCUGCAGAGCUGACCACUGCAUUGGAUAGACCACAUCAGCUCUAGAUUAUUAAAUGUGGUUUUCUGUGGGUGAGCCAGUGGCAACUACUGGAUGGCAUAUGUUCUGUUUCAGAAACUUGAGCUGAUAUGGUCUAUACAAUGCAGUUUUCUAAAUUAGCACCCCAAAUAACCAAACCAAAUCUAAAGUUGACCAAAAACUGAUUCAUAUCCUUUUGGUACUAAUGUUAGAAAGUGGUCCCUGGUCAAAAUGAUCCCUGGUCACAUAGUCCCUGGUCCAGUCAAAGUGGGCCCUUGUCAAGUGGGCCUAGGUCAAAAAAAAAAAGGUUGGAAACCACUGGUUUAGAGUUAUAUUGCUGCAUAAAGUCCAUAAGUGAUGUUUAUUUGAGUGACUAUUGUUUUAAAUGAAUAUCAAGGUCCAUCAGCACCACUGCUCAUUUGAAGGUUGCACACUCUUUCCCUGCUCCCUCUCACAGCACUAUAGAUGUCUCCCAACUUUUAUAAGGCUCUGAGACUAAACAACCAAUGGUGCAUUUCUUUCUUCAACCCAAUAGAUGUUGAUAUCCAUUCUGUUUGUUGGAAUUGAUGGCAGAGAAACCAGUGGUGAGCAGAGGGUGAGGGUCUGACCAGUAAAGGACAAAGUGAGAAUUCACACACACGGACACACAUGCAGAUACAGAUAUUCACCCAGACUGGGGAGAGGAAAUAGCCAGAAUUUGAGACAGUCCCAUCUAUCCUUAUGGACUAGUCUCUGCUGCCGUCCUUGCGUAGGAACUCAAGAUCUGGUCCUUUCCCAAAGAGAAAUGCUUACUUCCAGGCCAUCCUCACCAUUUGUCUCCUGAGCUCAGGAGCACAGCCAGAGGAAGAGUAUAUUGGAGGUUAUGAAAAAAAACAUUAAAAUCUACUUGUGAACACAAAAUCUUUCAAUGUCACAACUAGAAGUGGACCUUAAUGUAGAGUUUUAAUGGAAUGCAAUAUAGGAGUUAAAAGAUUUGCUGCAUGUUCUUGUUUCUUUACGUUAGUAAGCCACUGUUCGGAUGUGCCAUUAACUCAUAGAAUAACUAAAUAACAGGGUUGGAAGAGACCACAUGGGCCAUCUAGUCCAACCCCCUGUCAUGCAGGAAAGCACAAUUCAAAGCAGCCCCAACAGAUGGCUAUCCAGCCUCUAUUUAAAGUCCUCCAAGAAAGGAGCCUCUACCAGGCUCCAAGGCAGAGGGUCCCACUGCUGAACAGCUCCUCUUUUAGCAGGAAGUUCUUCCUAAUGUUCAGGUGGAAUCUCCUUUCCUGCAAUUUGAACCUAUUGCUCCGAGCCCUAGUUUCCAGGGCAGCAGAAAAUAUUAAAUAGUAAAUAGAGAUAUAAGUGUUUAACAUGCAAGUCAGAACAAAAUGUGUAUUGGUUUUACUGAGAGAUUAGUGUUAUGUUAUUGGUAACUGGCAAAUGUUUGGAGAAACAAGCUUAAGAAAUAGCUUAAACUAUAUUGAAAAUAUAGCUAUUAAACACAGAUGGACAUGAGUGGAAGUGGGGAGGGACAAAUAUGUCUUUCCAUUCACACAUGGUCUUACACAGAGAUCCAUACCAUAGAGAUUGGUAUUUUUUAGUUAUUUUUUUUGUUUGUGGGGCAAAUAAUUAGGCUCUUCUGAAUCUAUGAAGAGAUUUUUCCAGAUACAGUAGAAUCUCACUUAUCCAAGACUCGCUUAUCCAUCGUUCUGGGUUAUCCAACGCAUUUUUGUAGUCAAUGAUUUCAAAACAUCGUGAUAUUUUGGUGUUAAAUUCGUAAAUACAGUAAUUACUACAUAGCAUUACUGCGUAUUGAACUACUUUUUCUGUCAAAUUUGUUGUAUAACAUGAUGUUUUGGUGCUUAAUUUAUAAAAUCAUAACCUAAUUUGAUGUUUAAUAGACUUUUCCUUAAUCCCUCCUUACCAUCCAAGAUAUUUGCUUAUCCAAGAUUCUGCCGGUCCAUUUAACUUGGAUAAAUGAGACUCUACUGUACUUCCACAUGUGACUGAAUUAGAGGUAGUCUAAAUGUUGAAGACCAAACUGAUAGCACUGUCGAAAGAUGUUUGCUCAGAAGCACAUCCUUCUUUCUACUUAAUAUUUGCUUCCACAUGUAUAUCAAGUGGCCUGCAAUGCUUUGUCCUUGCUUACUUUUAUGAAUCUCAUUGACACUUUAAAUUACAUCUAAUAUGGGUGCCCUUCCCACAAAUACUUAGCAUGUUAACUUUUUUGAAUCCUUGGAUACUUUUGAAGCAUAAUUAAUUUGGGGCAAAAUUAAGCAUCAUCUUCUCAUUCAUUUCAGUGGGUCCUGAUAGAACUGUGCUGUUAAGGAAGUAUAUUUUUGUGGCUGCUACUUAGGAUGUUACACAGAAAAUUAUUGUUCUUGGUUGGGCAGUUCAAUAACACUAUUUAACCAAAUUUGAAAAAUUUUCUGUUCCUGGUUUAAAAGUGUUAUUUCCCGUUUAAUUUUGUGGUACAGUGUUCCCUCACUUAUCGCGGGGGUUAGAUUUAAGGACCACCCGCAAUAAGUGAAAAUCUGCGAAGUAGGGACACUAUAUUUAUUUUAAUAUUUAUACAUUAUUUUAGUAGUUAUACACUAUUUUAAGUCUUUAUCAACCAAUCUUGUGUUGAUAAAUCACCUCCUCCUUCUCCCAUUGCCACUUGGGCUCCUUUUAUCUCCCUUUGGCUUCUCCUUCCUUCCUUGGGCUGUAAAUUGUAAUUUUUUAUGCUUUAUAAUAGUCUUUUAGAGUUUAUUGAAAAACUGCAAAACAGCAAAUCCGCAAAAAGUGAACCAUGAAGUAGUGAGGGAACACUGUACUUACUUUGAAAGUAGUUGUUAUACUCCAGAAACUUUGUUUUAGUGGCUGCCACAAACUUUGUUGAAUUGGUUGAGAUAUUCAUUGAAAAACUAUGGCAAAACGUGCUGCAGGAUGUCUCGCAAAAACAAAUUUUUGCAGUUUAAUAAACCUUUCCCAUAUUUUUAUGAUAGAACCGAUUAGGAAAUGACAUUUAUAAUCCAGGAACAAAAUCAUGUUACAUAGUGAUAAUGUUUCCAUAAGUGAAUCACAAAGGCAAAAUAUCAAUUGAAUGGUUCAAAUUGACCAGAUAGGUUUGGCCAGUCUAUAGUUGAAACUUAUUUGUAACUUUUGGAUUGGCAUAAUGAGGAAUUUCAUACCUCCCAACUAUCCUAAUUUAGCAGGAAUGAUUCCUAUCAAUCUUUUGUCAUCUCAUUUUUCCAACAGCCUUAAAAUGUAAGUUUCUGUCUCUCCCUCCCACCUUACUUCAAUUACUUCAAAUUGAGUUCAAAGUCCAAAACUAAUUUGCAUUCACCUCUACAGUAGGAAGGAAGAGGGUAGAUUCUUGUUCUUCCCAGUAGAUUUAGGGAAAAGGAAAAUGCUGCAUCCUCUCUUAAGUUCUGUCUUCUUUCUCAUUAAUACCUUUUGCCAUCACAAACACAUUCUGAUGUUGUUUGGUCAUGAGUGUCUCAAUUUUAACCUAUGAAACGUUGGAGGGUAUCAAAUUCACUUUUUUCUUAAAGUGCCACACCUAUAAUGGUAAACUAUUCAAUUAGAAACUUCAUAACUUGUCUGCUUUAAUGACCCUUUAUCAUCUGAAGGUGGCCAAUCCCCUCCAACACAAGCAGACACUUUCUAAAUUUGAGUGUUUACAAGUGUGAUAAAAUAGGUCUUAGGCUUCUGAUCGGGUAGACAUGGCAGCAGUUUUUAACCAUGCUAACUGAGAUACUAACUACAUCUUGACAUCAUCCCAAUUUUUAGUGAACCUUUCUCAAAAUCAGUUAUGAUCUUGAGAUGGGAUGGAUUCAUUACUAUUGUGGGAUGGAUUCCCAGAACAAUUACUGGAGAGUACAUUUCAUGAGGCUAAACUAAACAUGAAGGAGCCCCGGUGGCAAAGUGCGUUAAAGCACUGAGCUGGAGACCGAAAGAUCCCAGGUUCAAACCCUGGGAGCGGUGUGAGCAGCUGCUGUUAGCUCCAGCUCCUGCCAACCUAGCAGUUCGAAAACAUGCCAAUGUGAGUAGAUCAAUAGGUACAGCUCUGGCGGGAAGGUAACGGCGCUCCAUGCAGUCAUGCCAGCCACAUGACCUUGGAGGUGUCUACGGACAACGCCGGCUCUUCGGCUUAGAAAUGGAGAUGAGCACCAACCUCCAGAGUCAGACAUGACUGGACUUAACGUCAGGGGAAACCUUUACCUUUACCUAAAGUAAACAUGAUUAUCACAGGAUUGCGUAAGUUAUUAAUAUCCGGGAACUGGAUUCCUGCAAAAUGUUGAUCCUUUCAUCCUUUUUGAUAAGGUUGAGUAUUCCAUAUCCAGAAUUCCAAAAUUGAAAAUACAGUAGAAUCUCACUUAUCCAACUUUCGCUUAUCCAACAUUCUGGAUUAUCCAACACAUUUUUGUAGUCAUUGUUUUCAAUACAUCAUGAUAUUUUGGUGCUAAAUUUGUACAUACAGUAAUUACUACAUAGCAUUACUGAGUACUGAAUUACUUUUUCUGUCAAAUUUGUUGUCUAACAUGAUGUUUUGGCGCUUAAUUUGUAAAAUCAUAACCUAAUUUGACGUUUAAUAGGCGUUUCCUUAAUCCCUCCUUAUUAUCGAACAUAUUCGCUUAUCCAACAUUCUGCCAGCCCAUUUAUGUUGGAUAAAUGAGACUCUACUGUAUUGAAAAACCCCAAAACUGUCCGCAUGAAUGCCUGAAAUAGUGACCCCUUUGUUCUCUGGUGGUUCAGUGUACAUAUAAACACGCAUGCAAAAUUGGGAAAAAUUAAAUACUGAACACUUCUGGUCUCCAGUGUUUUGGAUGAGAUACUCUCAACCUGUAUUAUCUUUUGCCACCAAGAAGCACAACAGGAGACACAGGCUUAAGUCCUGUUGUUCCAACUAGAAUAAAGCUACAUGAUUCAAUGGGAACUCUAUAACAUGAGUCUGCUCUGGGACUAACAGUGGGCUUUGGACUACACACAGUCUCAGGAUCCAUUAUUUGUAUUGUCAUUUACAAAAAAAACAUACUAUGUUUCAGGAAAGUGUUCUCUAACUGUUUUAAGCGCCAUUACCAGCUUGGAAAUGGAAUGUUAUUGACUUUUAACAAAACUGAAAUGUUUUGCAGGCCAAUAUGUCUGCCAAAAUCUAACAGCAUCUCCAGAGCUUUACCUACAAAGAAGUGGCAUUAUCUGUUCAGUCUUCAGAUGAUCAAAUUUAAAAUUGCUUGUCAUUCUGAUUUGUGUUGUUAAAACUGAACUUGGUGUCAAAUGUCUAUGUUUGUUAUGUCUUUGCAUUUUAUUUUGACAAUCUUGUACUUCUCAGCCUUCUCAAAGUGAAAGCAUUAUCAAAAAGUUGCAAAUUAAAAAGUGUGAAUUCAGUAA